AAUCAUUUCGUGGAUGUUGUGUUGUGGGUGUUCUGUCAUCUGCGAAUGCGGUAGUAAUCUUUAAAGCUGCAAUGUACAUGUAAAAUUUGAAUUAUUUGAAAAUGAGUGAAUUAUUUAAAUCGGCUUUCGGUUACUUUACUACACCCAGUAAUGACACGGUUGAGAACGGCUUUAUAGGACAAACAAUUGAAAUUUCCAACGUUAAACUGAAGAUACAAAAAGUAAUUGCUGAAGGAGGAUUCGCUGUAGUUUUUGUCGCGCAAGAUAUUUCCACAGGAAAGGAAUACGCUCUUAAGCGGUUGCUUGCUGCCGAUGAGGCGCGAAAAAGAAAUGUAUUACAAGAAAUUAACAUUUUGAAGAAGUUAACGGGACACUCCAACAUAAUACAAUAUUUAUCUACAUCUGUAAUUGAAAAGAAUCAAACCAGUCACGGACAAACGGAAUACUUACUUGUUACCGAAUUAUGUUCAGGGGGCUCAUUAGUCGACAUACUGAAAUCGUUAAAUGGACCAUUUGAUCCCGAAACGAUAGCUUGUUUGUUUUAUCAAACCUGUAGAGCAGUGUGCCAUAUGCAUAGCCAGUCACCGCCAAUAAUACACCGUGACUUAAAAAUAGAGAAUAUUUUAAUAUCAAGCGAUGACACUGUGAAGUUAUGCGAUUUUGGUUCGGCAACAAUUGAAGUACACCAGCCUGAUGAAUCUUGGUCCGCAAAUCAAAGAUCUACUUUGGAAGAGACGCUUGCACAAUUUACAACGCCCAUGUACCGAGCUCCUGAAAUGGUAGACACAUGGAAUAAUUAUUAUAUUGGGGCUCCUGUCGAUGUUUGGGCCUUGGGAUGUAUAUUGUACACUUUAUGCUAUAUGAGGCAUCCCUUUGAAGAUGGUGCUAAGUUACGUAUACUAAAUGCAAACUAUUCUCUUCCUCAAGAUCAAAAAUAUUCCUGUUUUCAUGGCAUCAUAAAAUCAUGUCUUCAGAUCUGCCCCACCGACAGACCAACAAUAGUAGGAGUACUGGAACAAAUUGCUGCAUUAGCUGAAACAAAAGGCUACAAUCUGAAAGCAUCCCUAAAUGUUAAACUUAAAUCUAGCAACUCAGAUAUUCAUGUGGGUCAAGGUGAUAGCAACCACGUUAGCAAGGUACCCACGCGACCGCCUCCCCCUUCACCCGCCCAUCAGCCGGCCAGGCCAGCGCCACCGAGGCCACAAAGAGACCCUGACUCCAUUGCAAAGGCACCAAUGCAAAAUCAAUCCGAUCCCAAGCAAAGUGCGGGAUUAUUUUCGUCGAUCAAAGGUGGAGCGGGUAGUUUUCUGAAAAAUUUAAAAGAUACAAGUUCAAAAGUCAUGCAGACUAUGCAGCAGUCUAUUGCACGCACAGAUUUAGACAUUACAUAUGUGACAUCUAGAAUUUUGGUGAUGCCUUUCCCAUCGGAGGGCUUAGAAUCGGCUUAUCGUACUAAUCACAUCGAGGACGUGCGGGUAUUUCUAGAUUCGAGGCAUCCAAACUUUAAGUACUCUAUAUACAAUGUCUCAGGCCGAUCAUAUCAUUCACGUUUUGGACAGGCUAGAGUUAUCGAUUGCGGCUUUGCAUAUCCUGAACACUUUAAGGCGCCGCUAUUAAAUUCUUUGUACCAAUUGUGCGAAGAUAUGUACCAGUAUCUAUCUGGAGAUAGCAGGAAUGUUUGCGUUAUUCAUUGUAUGGAUGGUAAAUCAACUUCAGCAACCAUAUUGUGCGCAUUAUUAAUUUAUAUCCGACUUUUCUGUGUUCCUGAGGAUGCGUUGCAGCUGUUCGCCGUAAAGCGCAUUCCGCCAAAUAUGCUACCGUCAGAGCUGCGAUACCUUUAUUACAUGACUGAUAUUGUACAAAAUCCACCCAGCUAUCCACAUUAUAAGCCAGUCACGCUAGUUUCUUUACAAAUGCAGCCUGUACCGCUAUUUACAAAAGUGAGAGAUGGAUGUCGGCCGUAUGUGGAGGUAUACAGCGAAAAUCGCUGUAUUCUGUCGACAUUGCAGGAAUAUGAACGAAUGAGACUGUACAAUAUAUCAGAAGGAAAGUGUUUGCUUCCGUUGAAUUCCAAUGUAUGCGGGGAUGUUUGUAUAAUCAUUUAUCAUGCUAGAAACAUAUUGGGGGGCGUAAUGACUCAGGGAAAAGCAACGGGAAUUAAAAUCUGCCAGAUACAGUGCCACACUGGUUUCAUAUCUGAAGAGGAAACAUGUUUGCGAUUUACAAAAUCGGAUCUAGAUUGUUUAACAGAAGGUAAUGGUCAUUACCAAGAAAGGUUUACGGUAACGUUAAAUGUGUUUGUUUCGGAUACCGAACGUAACCCUUCUCAACCACCACCAUGGAUGAAAGAUCAAAGUAAACGGAAUUGCGAGGUAGUGUUCUCAUCUCAGUUAGAGAAGGACGAAAUUAUCGACAAUUUUGCGAGCAAGCCUCAACCGAGACUAAUGGAAGUGAAGCCACCAGAGCGGCCACCAAGACCUCAACGACCUGUGCCGCCUCCACCCGAAUUAGUGCAUCUUCAACUAAAUGACCCAGACUCUCCUGCAAAACAAGAGGUCACAAGUACAGAAAUGGAGGCACAAGAAGAUGAAGCGGUAGACUUACUAAAUUUAAACUCGCUUUCAGGCACAGUGAAUCAAACAAUUAACACGGAGAGCUCAAACUUCUUUUUGCUUAGUGGUUUUGACGAUAGCAAUUCCACUUUCGGCGAUUUUGUUUCUUCAAACGAUAAGGACCCUAGUUUAAAUUUUAAAAAUGACAAUUUAUUCGAUCCGUUCGGUAUAACGGACUUAUCUGACAAUAAACGUGACUUAUUAGGAGGUUGGGGCGGUAAUACUGAGACUUUAAAUAGUAAUUGUGAUGAGCAAAACUCGAACGAUCUGUUUGCCAAUUUAACGGCCGGUUUAAACUUCAACAAGCAGAGCUCCGCGAACGGUAACUCCUCCCCCUACAUGGUACCGCCGACAACACCGCAGCACAUGCCGACGACUCCUGCGAAAUCUCCAAUGAAUUCUCGGCCCGAUUAUAGUAGAUCUCAUUUCGACGGGUUUAACAAAAACGAUCCGAACGUCGACAAUACCAAAAAUGGUAAAACGAAACCCGCCGAUGUUUUCGGUGAUUUACUAGGAUCUCAAGGUUACGAGUUUGCAUCGAAGAAGGAUAACUUUCCGAGGACGAUAAAUGAAAUGAGGAAGGAGGAGUUGGUUAAGGAUAUUGAUCCAGAUAAAUUGAAGAUUUUAGAAUGGGUUGAAGGUAAAAGAGGAAAUGUUCGAGCAUUACUCUGCUCUGUGCACACAGUCCUGUGGGAAGGUACCAAAUGGAACAAAUGUGAUAUGCAUCAGUUGGUUUCGCCCGCAGACGUUAAAAAGCAAUAUCGUAAAGCUUGCUUGGCCGUUCAUCCAGAUAAGCAAGUCGGAACUGAAAACGAAAAAAUAGCUAAAUUAAUUUUUAUGGAAUUGAAUAACGCUUGGAGCGAUUUCGAGAAUGAUCCGGCACAGCAAAACAUGUUCAAUCACUAGAACAUAUUCUUUAAGAUGUGUUUAAACAUUCCAUUAUGUUAGACUUCCAACAAAAAUGUUGCAAUAUGAUUUCUGGGCAAAGUGAAAUUGAAAAGAAAAAGCUCAGAAAAUGUUGAAGUCGCAAUUCCAAAAUUGACCAAUGAUUACGUUUUACAUUUUAGUUAAAUUUGCGUACGGAAAUUAUAGAUUAGUGGAACUAUAGUGCAAUACAAUUCAAAUUAAAAGUUCUCUAGGAAAUUUUUUUACAUUGGCAAGUUGAAAAUUGGACACUUUAGGGAUGCCUCUACUACGGCAUAACCGAGAGAUCCAUUUCUUAUUUGUACAAUUUAGUUACUUGAUUGAUAUUGCUUUAAUGCAAUGAAAAUGAUGCUUUAAAUAUGACAUAUUAGCAACUUUGUAGUGUGCACAAUGCUACAUUCUCACAAAUUUGAUCGCCUUGUAAUGUAGUGGCUUCGGAAUUUCGAACGCGUAACUAAAAUGUAAGACAAGUAUAUGUUGGUGGUUAGGUAUACUUAUGUGUACUCACAUUCUACUUCAACUUAUUCACACAUAGUACUUAAAUAUGUCAUCAUCUUACGGAAAAAAUGCUUUAUUAAGACGAUACGUUCUAUACAAUACUAUGAUUUAUACUGAAUUAAUUAAGGAGAUUAAAUGAUAUUAAAUUUUGUUGUACAUAUUUAUUCUAGUUGUUAGUUAGUGCUGUACAUUAAUUUAAAAAUG